AUGGCGGAUUCAUCUGAAACGAUUAAUAUUGAUAAUAUUGUUCGUAUCUUUCAAGAAAAUAACAACAGAAAAGAUCAAAAUGAAUCAUCUAUUAAAUCUGAGCAUCAUGAUCAAUGGAUUACAAAUUCAAUAUCCUUCCGACAAAUUACUCACGAUAUUUCAAAAUUACCGAUAGUAUCAACUGUUCCAAAAGAAAAUCCGUCCGAAUCUAAUUCAGUUGUUAAUCAAGAAUCAGAAGAUCCUACGAUUGAAAAAGAUUUACGUGAAAUAAAAUUAUAUUCUGCAGCACAAUUUCGUUCACAUAUUAAUCGAAUAUAUCCAUUUCAUUUGGAUUAUUUUACGGAUAAAUUAUCAACACUUGAUUUUGAUCAACAACGAAUGGGUUUAUAUGUUUUCUAUGAUAUUAAUAAUGGAUAUUUAAUUAAUGAUGUCGAAAAAGAAUCACAGAAGAAAACAAGUCGAGGAAAAAAUAUGAAAAGAAUGAAUGGAUUAUUACUAAAUGAACAUCGAAUGUUUAAUCAAUUUGCCAAAGAAUAUGCAACUAAACAUUUAACUAGAGAUUAUGAAUCAAUUAAACCAUUUAUUAAAAAAUUUAUGCAGACAUGGUUACAACAUAAAACAGAUCUAUUACUUAAACGAACAAGUUCGCUCGACCAAUUAUAUUCACAUCAUAUGACUAUUCCAUUGAAUUCAUAUGAUUCAUUAACGCCUGUUACAUUCGUCAAUCUAUCAACUGUUUUACGUUUGGGUACAAUACCUCUAUUAACUAUUCCAGAGAAUAUUGAAAAACUCAAUGUUAAAUGUAGUGACAAUCAUGAUCGAGUUAUAACAAAUCGUUUUAAUCCACAGUAUCGAUUAACUAAUUUAGUUGAUGAUCCAAAUCUUCUUGCUAUACUAUCACAACAUCCAUCGAUCGAUGUUGUUCUAUCAAAAUCAAGUUUCUAUCUGUUAACUGAAUUGUUUUCUACAUCUUCAUCAGCAUCACCUAUGACUCUACCAGUAUCAAUUCGAGAAUUUCAAUUUGAAACAUUAGAUAAUCCGAAUUUAACUAAGAAAAAAGUUAUUUUUAUUGAUAAACCAUUACGUCAACGUGUUUAUACAAAACGUGAAUUAAAUAGUAAAUAUUUUCAACGAUCAUUUCGUUCAUUAUUAUUAUCAACAACUGGAGGAAAACGAGAAACAACUGAUAAUCCAUUUAUUUAUACUAGUUUUAAUAAUAAAACCGAAUUUCAGAUAACGGAAAUAAAAACUAAAACUAAUGAACAAUCAUCAGUUAAACCAACGGAGAAACAAGAAGAAAAAGAAAUAACAGAUGAUGAUGAUGAUGAUGACGAUGAAGGUGCAAUGAUUAUUGAUACAGAUGGUGAUAUUGAACAACAACAAAAAUUAUUUAUUAAAUCCAAACAAAAAAUAAUUAAUUCAGCACCUAUUCUUCAAGACCGAGAAACUAAUAAUUCAGACAAUUCAACAAAUGAUCUUGAAAAUGGACCAGUACCUAUUGUUAGUUCUGUUAAACUUGCAACACCUAUUCAAGGUAAUUACGAGUAUUGUUUAUGGCAAUUAGGUACACUUCAAAUAUUAAUACGUUCAAGUCAUCAUGGAUAUUGUCAAAAUAAUCUUUCAAAUAAUACUGAUGAUGAAUUAGUAACAUGUUAUUCAAAACUUGAAUAUCAACCACAAUUUGGUUUAGAACAAAUUACAGAUAAAGAAUAUCGAUUAAUUUGGUUUGAAUCUUAUUUAAGACAUGGAGCAAGUGUUUUAUUAGGACGAAUCAAUGUUUUUACUCAACAAUUACUCAGAGUAGAAAAAAUGACAUAUGAAAAUAUUGAUCAAAAUCUUAAAGAAUGUCAGAUUGAUAUGUUAAAAGCAAUAACGAAAAUAUAUGGAUUAUUAUAUGGUUUACAAAGUUUAGAGCCAAAAAAAUAUUUAUUAUCAUGUCCAUUGAAUGAAGAUAAACUUUAUCUUUAUCAAACAGCAUCCAACGAAUCAAAUGAAAAAACAUUCGAUCUUCAUUCUGAACCAUUUGAAUCAAAUGCUCUUCUCGUUGAAUCUGAUUGUCUUACUGUACCAUGGAUUCCUUUAACGCCAUCUCUACUACUACCAUACCAUGUUGAUUUCGAACGUAUACCAUUAACAUUUUGUCCACGAAAUAAACGUUGUUUUGAUAUUGAUAUAACAAUUCCAGCAAAUCGAAAACGUCGAAAUAUUGUUAAACAAGAAGAAAAAAAUAAUCAAGAUAAAAAGAAAAGAAAAAAAACUAAGAAAAAAAAUGCUCAACGAAGAAAAAAGAAAACUACUGAAUAA